UGCAGCCCUGUUUUGUGACGCUUGGCUGUCAAAAUCGAUUUCCGCUUUCUUUCCGUGCGGUUCUUAAACAUGACUGGUUUAACGAACAGGACCGUUGUUAUUGAUGGACGCGGCCAUUUGCUUGGCCGUCUGGCCUCCGUUGUCGCCAAGUACCUGUUGCAGGGUGGCAAAGUAGCUGUGGUACGCUGCGAGGAACUCAACCUCUCCGGCCACUUCUACAGAAACAAAAUAAAGUUCUUGGCCUACUUGCGCAAACGCUGCAACGUCAAUCCAGCUCGUGGUCCCUUCCACUUCCGUGCCCCCUCCAGAAUCUUCUACAAGGCUGUACGAGGCAUGAUUCCGCACAAGACCAAGCGCGGCCAGGCUGCUCUUGCUCGUCUGCGUGUGUUCGAUGGCAUCCCAUCGCCCUAUGACAAGCGUCGUCGCGUUGUUGUCCCAAUUGCGAUGCGCGUGCUGACGCUGCGCUCUGACCGCAAAUACUGCAUGGUUGGACGUCUGUCGCACGAGGUGGGCUGGCACUACCAGGAUGUUAUCAAGAGUCUGGAGCGCAAGCGCAAGGCUAAGUUGCGUGUCACGCUCAAGCACAACAGAGAGAUGAAGAAGCUGACAGUUAAGGCGCGCGAGAACAUUGCCAAGGCUGCCGAGCCCUUCAACAAAAUCAUUAAAUCUUACGGUUACGAAGCUUAAAAAGGCGCUCUACAGACCCCAAACAACGGCAGUGCUUGUGUGCAAAGCGUAGCGUUUUUUUUAAAUGAAAAUAAAACAAAUAAGUUUAAAAACACAAA